AUGUCGGGCUACCAAGCAUAUCCCGGCGCCUCCGGCUACGGCGCUCCCCCGCCUCCACCGCAACGACCUUUUGCCAACUCGCCAUUCCAGUCGCAACCUCCCGCACAAGGACAGCAGAACACUGGCGGUUAUUCUUCUCCUGCUCCCUAUGGCCAAUCCCAGCCGUCUCCCUACCCGCCCCAGCAAGCAUACGGCCAGCCUCCCUCUCAGGGCUAUAACAGACCCCCUCCGCCGCCUCCUCCAGGACAGCAGCCGCAGUAUGGCCAAGGCCAAUACGGCCAGAGUCAAGGAUACCCUCCACAAUCUCCUGCGCCUUUUGGCCAAAGUCAGACUCCCUUUGGUCAAUCGCAGCCUCCUUCCUACGGACAGAGCCAGCCGCCUUACGGCUCGGCUCAACAACCUCCCUAUGGUCAAUCUCAGCCUCCCUACGGACAGAACCAACCACCAUAUCCAUCACAGCAACAGCAAUAUGGUGGCGGACCUCCUGGAUAUGGCCAGCCUCCUCAGCAACAACAAGGCGGUUAUGGUGUACCUCCCCAGCAGCAAGGCGGUUAUGGCGCACCUUCCCAGCAGCAAGGCGGUUACCCUCCUCAGCCCCAGCAAGGCGGCUAUCCUGGACAGCAGCCUGGAGGUCCUCAGGGCGGUUAUGGUGCCCCUCCUUCGCAGCCCGCCGGCCCUGCUGAGAUUCAGGCAUACAAGCAGUCACUUCAGCAGACGAUUCAAGAGAAGGGUCUUCAAGCUUUCUAUCCUCCUGGCUCGCCCAUGAUCGACCAAAUCGCCAACAAGGCCUCGAUGCAAGUUGACCGUCUGUGCCAGCAGUGGCGCAUCAACAAGGAGAUUGGCAACGACAUUGUCAAGUUGGCCCUGUACGAUGUUGUCCUCUACAUUGACGACAGUGGCUCAAUGAAGUUCGAAGAGAACGGUGAGCGUAUCAAGGAUCUCCAGCUCAUCCUCGAGCGUGUCGCAACCGCCGCUACUCUGUUUGAUGACGACGGCAUCUCUGUUCGUUUCAUGAACGACAACCCUCCCCAGCACAUGAUCGAGCACAUCAAGACUGAGCAACAGAUCUCGCAGCUUGUGUCUGGCCACAAGUUCAGCGGUCUCACCCCCAUGGGAACCGAGCUCCGCAAGAAAGUUGUCGAUGGCAUCGUGGUACCCGCCAUCCGUAGCAGACAGAUGCGCAAGCCUAUUUUGGUUAUCACCAUCACGGACGGUCAGCCUGCAGGAGAGCCUACCACUGCUGUCUUUGACACUGUCCGCUAUGCCAUUCAGGAGGCCAGCAACUCGCAGUACGGCCGUGGAGCCAUCGCCUUCCAGUUCGCCCAGGUUGGCAACGACGAGAAGGCUCGUGAGUUCCUUGGCAAGCUCGAUGAUGACCCUGUCGUCGGACAGAUGGUCGACUGCACUUCCAGUAUGUACUCUUACGUCUUCUUGUGUAAGCUUUAUGCUAACAACUCAUANGACUUCGAGAACGAGUCCGCCGAGAUGGCACGCGCUAANCCCCCUGUCGAUCUCACUCCCGAUCUCUGGGUAAGCAUCAAAAGUUUAGGCAACAUAUGGAUUGUGACUGAUUUCUGCCCUACANNGAUCCUCAAGCUCAUCCUCGGUGCAAUUGAUCCCUCGUAUGACACCAAGGACGAAAAGUCGAACCGCCCUCAAGGCGGACCUCCCGGAUACGGUGCUCCUCCUCCUCAGCAAGGUAGCUACGGCGGUCAGGGACAAUUCGCCCCACCUCCUGGUGCCCCUCAAGGUUACGGCCAGCAGCAGGGCGGUUACGGCCAACAGCAGGGAUAUCCUCCUCAGCAGCAAGGUGGAUAUGGUGCUCCUCAGCAGCAAGGUGGCUACCCUCCUCAGCAGGGCGGCUAUGGACAGCAACAAGGCUACGGAGCCCUCCCAGCCUCCUCGCUACUAAGCAAACGUCGAUGA